CGUCAAGGUCUCAAGGAAGUGAAGGAGCGGAAGAAACACGAGAGCCCAGACUCGCCGCCUCCACCGCCGGUCGCCGACCUGCACGCCUCCAGUCCCUCCACCCUCCAGCAGCAAAAGGGAGUGGCUCUUCUUCAUUUCAGAAGCAGCAAAAACCAUUCUUUCCGGCGGCGGCGGGGUCAAUGGCGGAACCGGCGAAGUACAUUACGACAGAUGAGCUGAAGAAGCACAACAAACCAGGAGACCUCUGGCUCUCAGUUCACGGCAAGGUCUACGACGUCUCCGAUUGGGUCAAAACCCACCCCGGCGGCUCCCUCCCUCUCACCACCCUCGCCGGCCAAGACGUCACCGACUCCUUCGUCGCCUACCACCCGCCCUCCGCCUGGACCCACCUCUCCAACUACUCCAACGGAUUUUACCUCCGGGACCACUCCGUCUCCGACGUUUCCAGCGAUUACCGGAAGCUCGUCUCCGAUUUCACCAAAAUCGGACUGUUCGACGAAAAGGGCCACGGCGUCCUCAUCUCCCUGUCCCUGAUUUCGCUGAUCUUCGCCGCCAGCGUCUACGGAGUCCUCUGCUCCGAGAAUUUCUGGAUCCAUCUGGCGAGCGGAGCCCUAAUGGGGUUUCUGUGGAUCCAGAGCGGGUGGCUGGGUCACGAUUCCGGCCAUUACCAGAUCAUGAUGAACAAGGGAUGGAACCGAUUCGCCCAGAUCCUCACCGGAAACUGCCUCGCCGGAAUCAGCAUCGGGUGGUGGAAAUGGAACCACAACGCCCACCACAUUUCCUGCAACAGCCUCGAUUUCGACCCGGAUCUCCAACACAUGCCUCUCUUUGCAGUUUCUUCCAAGCUCUUCAACUCCAUCAACUCCUGUUUCUACCAGAGGAAGAUGAAAUUCGACUCCUUUGCCAGAUUCUUCAUCAGCCACCAGCAUUUGAGCUUCUACUUCGUCAUGUGCUUCGCGAGGAUCAAUCUGUUCUCCCAGUCUUUUUCCCUCCUGUUGUCGGCCCGAAAAGUGCCCGAUCGGGCCCAGGAGCUUUUCGGGCUUCUGGGGUUCUGGGUCUGGUACCCGCUCCUCGUCUCCUGUUUGCCAAACUGGGAGGAGCGGGCCCUGUUUGUGGCCGCGAGCUUCGCGGCCACGGGCAUCCAGCACGUCCAGUUCUGCCUGAACCACUUCUCGACCAGCGUUUACGUGGGCCCGCCCACGAGCAACGACUGGUUCGAGAAGCAGACGUUUGGGACCCUCAACAUCUCUUGCCCGCCCUGGAUGGACUGGUUCCACGGCGGGCUCCAGUUCCAAAUAGAGCACCACUUGUUCCCGAGGUUGCCCCGGUGUCACCUCCGGAGGGUGUCUCCCUUUGUCAGAGAGCUCUGCGCGAAGCACGGCUUGCCGUACCGUUGCGUCUCGUUCUGGGAGGCGAACGCGAUGACCCUGAGGACACUCAGGGACGCCGCGUUGCAGGCUCGGGAUUUUACCAAGCCGGUCCCCAAGAAUUUGGUGUGGGAAGCUGUUAAUACCUUUGGUUAGGUCUUCAAGUGUGUGUGGGAUUUUUUUAAUUGUUGUUUUCAAAUUGUUGUUGUAUGGCUGUUUUUUGGACAAUGUUGUACCUAAACCUCUUGAGGCAUGUUUGUGUUCUUUCAUGUAAUUUGGUUCCAAUGAAAUUCAUGUUUUUUUAAGGAGAGAAAUCCAUGUUUCUUUGCUUUUGUGUAUGGCUUGCAAAUCAUUCUUGUUUUUUAUUUGCAAUUGGAAGCAAAUCUUAGUCAAGAAACAUUAAUAAGACAA